UCAGACUGUGGGGAGUGGACUGGGGACUGGCUUACUCCAUGAGAUCUGCCCCUCCACGCAGCUCUGUCCGUCCAGAAUAGACGGCUUUAGUUGAGAAUGAGGCCCAUGUUUCUGAUCUGUAGCUAGUGAGGGAGAUGAAGUUGGUUUCAAGCAUGGCUCAGCUCCUCAGAGUGGGUCUGCUGCUGCUGCUGCUGCUGGCAGCUUCUGUCAAUCCUUUGGUGCCUGGAUGCGAUGGACAGUUCUACGAGACGAAAAUCAACCAUUUCUGCAUGGAGAUUUUCCAAAUUGAUAUGGGAAGAUUGGAUUUGGACUUGUGGUGCAGUUGGCCAGAAACCAUGCAAAUCUAUGAGGGACUUACUAACUGCACCUACCAGGUAGCCUUGAGGAUGGACUGCUUCUGGCCCAACCAGGUGGUGGACGCCUUCUUCAUGAAGAUUCACCGCAUGUACUUUCAGCACUGUGCUUUGACCGGCCGGCUCCUGCAGGAGCCACCCAUCAGCAUCCUUGUCCCCUUUAUAGGCGUUUCCGUGAUGAUCACACUGUUGAUGACUGCGGUAGUGGUGUGGAGGAGCAAACGCACACAGGGGAUGCUGUAAAGAUGACGAGGGUCCUCAGGACUUGGAGAUGGAUAACAUCAAGUCAGCCAUGUUGAAAAGGCAGCUUCAUAUACUGUCAGAAGAAUUUGCAUAUCACAAGAACCACCUUUAUUGAAUUUAAACUACAUCAGAUUCAACAACUGAGAGUAUGUCAAAUUAAGUGCAAGACGCUUAAAGCUAAAAGAUAUAAGUAUAUAAAAUAAGAGUUUGAGGAAAAUGUUUAGUGUAGACAAUACAAUGCUUGUACAUAGCUAAUGAUUUUCUGAGAUGUACCAAAUGUUUCUUCUCUGGACUUGUAGUCUGUCUAGAAUAUUAGAAGGAGUAAUUUUGAAUGUUUAAGUAACUUUAUGUGUUGGACAGAUGUGGUAGGUGCUCCCGCCACCCUGACUGAGAAGCAACUCAGCUGAUCAUGUUAGGAUGCUUUACUGUUGGUACACUCACCUAUUCUUCACUGGACAAAUUAUUUUUUACGUUCCUCAGACAAUCAAAAGGACAAAUACUAAUAAACAUAAUUUUACUUUAUGCAGACUCAGGCUGUCUAUCACCAAAGGAUCCUUUCUGCUCUAUUUGUAAUGUUCUGGUACUCAAGAUACAAAACCGGAGCUGUUUUUGUAGCACCUGAGUGUGAAAUUCCUUGCUGCUUUUAAAUGCAUUCAGUGCUGCCAACUGUGACCCUAUGCGUCAAAGACAAGAAUAAGAAAGGAAAUAUAUAUAUAUAUUUUUGAGAAAAUACAUUGAUUUUUUUUCCUGUCUGGUCAAAAGAGUGAAAAAAUAAAAAU